CUACAGCUACUGGUUCUGAGCUAUGUAAUGAUAUUGAACCCUGUGAAAAUGGUGGCACCUGUGUCAGCGAAGGAAGGGAGUUUGCUUGCAUUUGCCCUCCAGGAUGGGAAGGUUAUACAUGUUCAAUAGCUAUGGACAGAUGCCUCAGUGACCCUUGUUUGAACGAUGGUACUUGCGUUAAUUCAGUUGGCCAAAACAAAUACAUCUGUUAUUGUAAAGAAGAAUACUCAGGUGACAACUGUGAAGUCAAACUCACAGAAGCUGUAUGUUUCAUCAACCAAUGUGUGAAUGGUGGUACCUGUAUUGAUAAUAUUGAUCAGUUUUCAUGUCUAUGUCCUGACGGUUAUACAGGAGCAAUCUGUGAAGUCAAUAUUAAUGAGUGUGAAAGUUCACCAUGUCUAAAUGGUGGAACAUGCCUGGAAAAUGUGAAUACUGCUGGCUAUGUAUGUCAAUGUCCUGCAAAUAACAUGGGUUACAAUUGCCAAGGAUGUAUGUAUAUACAUUUUUUUGAUCAUGUUUGA